AUGCCGCUCAAAACACAUCACGACGAACAGCCGGCUUUGAACCUGACGCCGAUGAUCGACGUUGUCUUUCUGUUGAUCAUCUUCUUCAUGGUCGGAACGAAGUUCUCCGAGCUGGAACGCAACAUCGACCUGCAGGUUCCGGAAGUGGCCGACCGGGGUGCACUGACCGAAGGCCCGCAGAAACGACUGAUCAAUGUCUAUCGCGACGGCGAGAUCACGCUCGAUCAACGCACCGUCACGCUCGACGAAUUGACCAAUCGCCUGGCCACGGCCCAAGGGCAGUAUGCCGACCUGGGAGUCAUCGUGCGUGGCGAUGCUGAGAGUCCGUUCCAAAAUGUGGCCGGCGUUCUGAACGCUUGCAAACAGGCCGGCGUGUCUGAAAUGGCCAUCUCCAUGAUCUGGUCGGCGCUGUGGGUCGGGCUUGCGCUGUUGACGGUCAUUCUCUUGGUUCUCAUGCGCACGCGGUGGGGGCAAUCGCAGCCGCUGCGGAAGUGUGCGUUCAUCUCCAUCAUGGCCCACCUGCUGCUGGCGGGUUACGCGACCACGGUGAAGAUUGUCGCCGUCAGCAGUGCCUCGCCCGAGGCUCCCGCCGUGGUGGUGCGAACCGUCGAUCGCUCGAUGGUGGCCACCGAGGCUGAACAAGCCACCGAAAAGCCAGCGAAACCGUGGGAACGGGUCGUCGAAAACAACGCGGUCUCGCCCGAGCCCGAUCCGUUCGAGCGGGACGAAGCGCCGCCGGUCGAAGCGGUUGAACGAGAAACGCCUGAGCUGGAGAGUGAACUCGCCGACACGAUGCCGCUGGGCGAAGUGCCGCUGGCCGAGACGGAAGCACCCAAGCCGGGCGAGAUGGUGGCCGACACACCCCGGCCGAACGAGGCGGCCACCGAUGUGGGAGCCGAGUUGGAAGCCCCGGUGGCCCAACAGCAAGCGGCUCCUGAAGAUCCACUACCGGAGAUGACGCCGCAGCCUCAGCGUUCGACGUUGCCGCUGCCGAACUUGCCGGCACCGCAACGGAUCGUUCGUUCGGAAGACUCGCUGUUGGAGUCGGCCUCGCCGCUACCGCGAAUCUCCGAUCGAGCAACCACCACCGAAAGUGCCCCCUCGGCCGAAGCAUUGGUCGACGAGAUGCAAAACACAUCGCGUCCUGAACCCUCGCUGCCGGCGCCUUCGGAAAGUGCCCCUGAAGAUGCUGUAGUUUCUGAUUCAGAAACGACGAACCCCAGCAACAGUUCCGCGGUGGCCUCCAGCGAAACAUCGCCACAGCCCCCCUCGGGCAUGACGAAUACUCCGGCAACACAGCCGGAGGUGGGCAUCGCCUCCAAAUAUCAACUACGUACGGCGGCGAAUCGGGUACAGCAGGCAAUGCUUCGCGGGGCCACGCCCGAAUCGGAAGAUGCCGUGGCCCUGGCGUUGGCGUGGCUAGCAAAACAACAAGAGCCAGACGGCCGUUGGGACGCCAGCCGACAGUUAGCCGGGCGUGAGCAAUCGGUUGCCGGGCACAAUCGCGGAGGCGCGGGUGCCGACGCCGAUACCGGGAUCACGGCCCUGGCGUUGUUGGCUUUCCUCGGAGCGGGACACACCCAACACGCCGGUGACCACAAAGACACGGUGGCCGCAGCGCUGAAGUACCUCAAAUCGCAGCAGGGAGCCGACGGCAACCUGGGCGGAGGGGCUCGCAACUUUGCCUUCAUGUACUGCCACGGUAUGGCAGCCCUGGCAGUGAGCGAAGCCUACGGGAUGACGAAAGAUCCCGAGUUGGAACCGGUGGUUCGCGGUGCGAUUCAAUAUUCAUUAGCCGCCCAGCAUCCGCAGACCGGUGGCUGGCGUUAUCGUCCGUGGCAACAUCGCCCCAGCGACGGUGGCGAUGCCAGCCAGAUGGGAUGGCAGUUGAUGGCUCUGACCAGCGCCGACCUGGCAGGCAUCAAGCUUCCACAGACGGCCCGCGAUGGAAUGGUUAAUUUUCUGAAACGUGUCUCGGUCGGCACCCACGGUGGGCAGGCUUGCUACCGCCCUGGCGAACAGGUUUCGCACACGAUGACCGCGGAAGCCCUUUACUGCCGGCAGUUGCUCGGCAUGGCUCGUGAUAACCCGGCCAGCGACGAAGCUGGACAGUUUCUCAUGGGCGAACUCCCAGGCAUGGGAAGACAAAAUCUUUACUACUGGUACUACGGCACGCUGGCCAUGUAUCAGUUGGGCGGCAACGAGUGGGACCGCUGGAACGACGCCCUGCAGAAAACCCUGGUUCCGGCCCAAACCACGGUGGGACAAGAUGCCGGUAGUUGGAGUGCGAACACGGUUUGGGGCGGCUACGGUGGUCGCAUUUACAGCACCGCCAUGUCUGCCUUGUGCUUGGAAGUCUACUACCGUUACCUGCCCGUGUACGGCGAACGGGUAGUCUCGAAGCCCGGCGACGGCGACGCCGGGGCCGGGAAUUCGACCUCAAGGAAUUCGGUGAAGUAG